AUGGCAAAGAAGAAAACCAAGAACAGAGAUGCUGGUACAUGGGAAACAAAGGCUGUGCAGAAUGUGAACAAAGAUGCAGUCAAAAACAUGUUGAUGGAACACAUCAUUCCAGCAAUACAGGAACAAUGGCCAGCCAGUUUACCAAAGAACAUCAAAAUACAAUGGGAUAAUGCAAGGCCUCAUCAGAUUCCUAAAGGUCAGGAAUUCAUUGAUGCAUGUCAUGCAAAUGGUUUCAACAUUGAAAUGGUGUACCAGCCAGCACAGUCACCUGACUUAAAUGUGUUAAACCUAGGGUUAUUUGAAGUCAUCCAAUCACUCCAAUACCAAUCCUUUUCUAACAACUUGGAUGACUUAAACAAGGAAGUCACUAAUGCGUACAAUGCUUUUGAGACAAAGGUGAACAAGUACAUAUGGCUUACACUUCAGUUAAUUAUGAUUCAAAUCCUCACAAAGCAAGGGGGAAAUAACUUCCAACCUCCACAUAUGAAGAAGAAAAAGCUGGACAGAUUAGGUAUUCUACCAAAGCAUAUACAUGUUUCCAGAGAACUUGUACACCAAGUUGUUACUUAUCUGGACACUAUGUUUAUUCCAACAACAGAUGCUACAGGGGAAGAUGCAUACAUGGAAGUGGAUGCUAAUUGA